AUGCGAGCCCCCCAACCUCCUCCUCUGGUCCACCGUCGCCUCCGCUGCCGGCUGGGCACGCCGCCGUCCGGGGCGAUUGAAAGGGCUCCUCCGCCGGCCGGUCACGUCGCCAUCCGGGGCGUCCUCCGCCGCCCGGAAACGCCGCUGUCCGGGGCGGAGGAAGGGCCCCUCCGCUGGCCGCCCAUGCCCGCCGCCGUCCGGGCCGGAGGAAGGGGCUCCUCCGCCGGCCGGCCGUGCCCGCCGCCAUCCGGGGUGGUUCAAGGGGCUCUUCCGUCCGGCCGUGCAGCGCGCGCCCGGCGCGUGCGUGCCCCGCCCCGUGGGCUGCCGCCCUGCACGGACAGUCGUGCGUGCCCCGCGGCCGGCGUGCACGGCGCGUGGCCGGCGGGCGGCGCGUGGACGCCGUGCAUGCCGCGGCCGCCGUGCCCCCGCCCGAUCCGCUCCGACCCUUGCGGAGUGGAUCCGCUCCACCCGGCCGCCGGCACGUGCGUCGUCCUCGGCCCGGCCGUCGGCGCGCGUGUUGACCUUGCUGACCAGGGACGCCCUCGCGGUGGUGGCGCUGGAGAUGGAGGAAGGAUCCGGGCGAGGAGAAAAGGGAGCACACCACGCCGGGGCCGGAGCGGCGGCUGUUGCUGCUGCUACUGUCGCGGCUCCACAGGUGAGCAGACGGGGGCCCGCCGGUGA